CUGAGAGGACUCCGCUGGGUUCAGACAAUGAUCUUUACAAUAGAGGAAAUUAACAGGAAUCCAGCUCUGCUUCCCAACACAACCUUGGGUUACAGGGUUAUGGACAGCUGCGACACAUCAUCAGAAGCGCUGAAAUGCACUCUCCAAUUCCUUAACCAAGAUGAGGAAAAGGCUCCUUUGGGUCACCAGUGUGACAGAUCCCCGUCUGUGCCUCUUAUCAUCGGGGAUGCCGGGUCAUCCCACUCCGCUGCUGUAUCCCGCAUUGUGGGCCUUUUUGGGAUUCCCUUGGUGAGUUAUUUUGCGACCUGCGCAUGUCUUAGCGACAAGCGAGAGUUUCCCACGUUUCUCAGGACGGUUCCCAGCGACGCUGUUCAAGUCAAAGCAUUGGUCAGUCUAGUCCAACGUUUCCAAUGGACUUGGGUCGGGGUUGUGGCCGCUGACAGUGACUAUGGCCAAUUUGGCAUUCAAUCUUUUAUUGAGGAAGUCACAAACUCCAAUGUCUGCAUUGCCUACAUUGAAUUCAUCCCUCCGGUUCGGACCAGAGAUAUGAUCCAGCAGAUUGUAAAUACCAUUGGGACAUCCUCGGCCAGAGUAAUGGUGUUGUUCUGCGGGGAGAGUGACACUCUGGUCGUGAUUGAGGGAUUGAAAGAGCAGAACAUUACUGACAUACAGCUGAUAGCAAGCGAAGCCUGGGUGACGUCAUCCUUGUUAUGGACAGAGGAAACUCAGGAGUUACUGUCUGGAACAAUAGGUUUCGGAAUUCGCAAAGCAGAAAUUCCCGGGCUGAGAGAAUUCCUUGUCAAACUCCAUCCUUCCACAGCGCCAGAUAAUCCGUUUGUGAGGGAACUCUGGCAAGAAGUAUUUGGGUGUGAAUUGGAAACAAGGAUUGGAUUGUUGGAACAGAAUACAUCCUUAUCUCCUUAUGGGCCGUGCACAGGACUGGAGAACUUGGAGACAAUUGAGAACAUAUACACCGAUGUCUCCCAGUUAAGAGUUUCAUACAAUGUGUAUAAAGCUGUCUAUGCCGCAGCCUACGCACUUCAUAAUUUGCUGUCAUGUGAACUUGAAAAAGAUCCAUUUACCGAUAACACAUGUGGCCAAAAAUUCACCAUUUUGCCUUGGCAGCUUCUGCACUACCUCAAGGAGGUGAGGUUUACCAAUGGGUUUGGAGAAGACAUCGCCUUUGAUGACUAUGGAGAUCCCAUCGCUUCGUAUGAUCUCAUCAACUGGCAAAGGACAGCUAAUGGUUCUGUAGACUUUGUUAAAGUUGGGUAUUAUGAUGCAGCAUUGCUUCCAGGGGAAGAACUAGUAUUGGAUGAAAGUACUAUCUAUUGGAAUGGAAGACAAAAUAAUGUGCCAAUCUCAGUGUGCAGCCUAAGCUGUCCUCCAGGAAGCAGAAAAGCGGCUCGAAAGGAUCAGCCGAUCUGUUGCUUUGAUUGUAUAGUCUGUGCCGAUGGGGAGGUCAGUAACCAAACAGAUUCUGUCGAAUGCUUGAGAUGCUCAGUACAUCACUGGUCGAAUGAUAGAAGAACAGAAUGCAUUCUGAAAGACACAGAAUAUCUCUCCUUCCAAGACACCAUGGGGAUAACACUCACAGUCAUCUCACUGUCUGGGGCUUGUAUCACAGUGACUGUCGCAUGUGUGUUCUUAUAUUUCAUAAAGACUCCCAUUGUAAAGGCUAACAAUUCUGAACUCAGUUUCCUACUACUGACAUCAUUAAUCCUGUGUUUUCUGUGCGCCAUUGCCUUCAUUGGACAGCCAACAGCUUGGUCAUGUAUGGUGUGCCACACUGUGUUUGGAAUCAGUUUUGUUUUGUGCAUUUCCUGUAUUCUUGGUAAAACACUAGUGGUGCUGAUGGCGUUCAGAGCAACACUGCCGGGCAGUAACGUAAUGAAAUGGUUUGGAGCCACACAGCAAAGGUCAAUUGUCUUCAUCACUACAUUGAUUCAAAUGAUUCUAUGUAUAAUAUGGUUGACCACAUCACCUCCAUUCCCAGCCAAAAACUUUAAGUAUCACAAGGCAAAGAUUAUCCUUGAAUGUGAUGUGGGCUCCACUGUGGCCUUCUGCUGUGUGUUGGGUUACAUUGGGCUAUUAGCCGGGACUUGUUUUAUUUUAGCUUUCUUAGCUCGAAAGUUACCAGAUCAGUUCAAUGAGGCUAAAUAUAUAACCUUCAGCAUCCUGAUCUUUUUUACAGUGUGGGUAACGUUUAUACCAGCAUAUGUCAGCACUCCUGGCAAAUACACUGUGGCUGUGGAGAUAUUUGCCAUAUUGGCUUCAAGCUUUGGUCUCCUUUUCUGUAUCUUUGUUCCAAAAUGUUACAUUAUCUUGUUAAAGCCAGAACACAACACCAAGAAACAUCUGAUGGGUAAACCAGUAAUAAACAGAAGAUGA